AUGCCACCACCAUUCCCCAAAGGGCCCUUUUAUCAAAACCGGGGAUAUCCGCUAGGGGACUCCAGCGACGGUCAGGGACCGCAGGGGUUUCCUCAUUCGAAUCCGAGCUCUGGGGGCAGUGCCCCUCAGCUUCCCCUUGUUUGGGCCCCCGGGGGGGUUGGGGGCGUGAGUGGGGGAAGCCCUACCAAGUACAUGGAAAAACCCCCAAAAAAAAUCCCCCACAGACAGGGCCUUACUGGGGGGACGACCCCGGGAAAGGGGCCCCGGGCCAGGGAGCCACCUGAAGGGCCCUUAAAGUCCUCCGGGUGGCAAAAGAAAACCCCGAGCACAGGAUUAACAAAGUCAUGCCCGUGCCAAAAUGGGGACAAAACGAAUUUUAAAACAGGGAAAAAACAUGUCUGUCCACCAGAUGGCCUCUCGUGCUGGGCCCCCCCCAGGGCCCGCACCCAGACCAGGAAGGGCUUUUGGGGCCCCCCCCAGCGACCCCCCCUGCCUUUAAUCAGGAGCACCACUGAACCAGCCCAAACAGCCCGGUGCCUCCACGAGCAAAAACCCCCAAAACCGGAAAAAGGGGGGACCCCAAAGGCCCAGGCCGGAGACCGACCUGAUGGCGAGUCUGGGCCCCCAAGGCGUUUCCGGCAAUUUUAA